CACUAGGUGCCAGAGGUCCUGCAGGCGUUCCCGGAAUUGAUGGCAUAGACGGAGAAAGAGGCCCUAAUGGCCCUAUUGGCCCUCCUGGCCCAGAUGGGGAUGCUGGAAAACCAGGAUCGCCAGGAAUACCAGGAAUACCUGGGGCAGAUGGAUUAACUGGCCCUGUUGGAGAUGUCGGCCUGGAUGGCCCAGUGGGGCAGAAAGGUGAACCAGGGGCACCUGGACCGCGUGGGACAGCGAGUUCAGGCGCAGAUGGACCCCCUGGGCCACCAGGACCUGGGGGACUGCCAGGAGAACUGGGACGCAUUGGACCCGUUGGUGAAGCUGGCAUCAGAGGACCCCCCUGGCCUCCCUGGGCCCCCUGGACCUAGAGGGGCUGCAGGAUUUCGGGAAGGUGGUGGAGAGCUUUGUCCAAAUGCCUGCCCCCCUGGAGCUCCAGGCCAUCCGGGCCUCCCGGGUAUGAAGGGUCAUAAAGGAGUAAAAGGAGAAGCUGGGGAGCCUGGAAAACAAGGUCACAAGGGUGAAGAAGGUGAACAGGGGGCACCAGGGGAUGUUGGCGCACAAGGCCCUACAGGUCCUCAAGGCAUCAGAGGAAUUACAGGAAUAUUGGGACUGAAAGGUGAAAGGGGUGCUCGUGGACAUGAUGGAGAACCAGGCCCACAAGGUGUUCAAGGUGCCACGGGAGAUCAGGGGCAACGAGGUUCAAUGGGUGAAGCUGGGCCGAAAGGAGACCAAGGUUCUCAAGGUCCAAGGGGAAUUAGUGGACUUCCUGGCUCCAAAGGAGAGCCGGGAUUGCCAGGUGUAGACGGGCGUGAUGGGAUACCAGGAAUGCCAGGGGCAAAGGGUGACACAGGAAAGCCUGGUGCACCAGGUGAAGGCGGACUUCAGGGUCUUCCUGGCUUGCCUGGUGCUUAUGGACCCAAAGGUGGCAGCGGAGAUAAGGGUGGUUCUGGUAGUCCUGGUUUACCUGGAACAAUGGGAUCUCCUGGAAGAACUGGUGAACGAGGAGUACAAGGAGAAGUGGGACCAGCAGGACCACGUGGAGGACCAGGAGACAGAGGUGAACAAGGUCCAGCUGGUCAACCAGGUAUACCAGGGCCCCGGGGAGCAAAAGGUGAUCCCGGUCUACCAGGACUUCCUGGACCCCCAGGUCUGCCUGGAGUUAAAGGAGACAGGGGUGCUGUUGGUUUGACUGGCCCCAAAGGAGAACAGGGUGAUCCUGGUGCGGAGGGUAAUGCUGGAGACAAGGGAGAUGGUGGGGAUCCAGGAGAAGCCGGACCUAAGGGAUCAACAGGCAAUCCUGGUGAGCCAGGAAAUCGAGGUCCAGAGGGAAGUCGAGGUCAACCAGGAAUUGAAGGGCCACCAGGGAGCCCAGGACCAAGAGGGAUGCAGGGAGACCGUGGUGUGCCUGGUCUGCCAGGAGGCCAGGGACCUUCAGGCAAAGAGCCCGGUGAUCAGCAUAUAAGACAAGUCUGCAUGCGGGUGAUGCAAGAACAGUUGGCUCAACUCGCAGCCAGUCUGAGGAGACCUGAAUCAGGAGCUGCAGGCCUCCCUGGACGUCCUGGUCCUCCUGGACCCCCUGGCCCACCGGGAGACAGUGGCUUCCCAGGACAGGCUGGACCUCGAGGAUUGCCAGGAUUGAAAGGACCACUUGGAGAUAUCGGGUUGAAGGGUCCUAAAGGUGAAUUGGGUGAUAAAGGAGACCGAGGCAUUACAGUACGAGGACCCAAAGGCUUGCCAGGACCAGUGGGUCUUCCAGGUGAAGCUGGAAGGCCUGGCUACGGUAGGGAUGGACGUGAUGGAGAAAGAGGUCCUCCGGGAGUUGCUGGACAGCCUGGUAUUCCUGGACCACCCGGAAACGCCGGACCUCCUGGCUACUGUGACCCAUCUGCAUGUAGCUUGCAAGCAGGGGCUGCAGCUCAGUCUCUGAAGGACUCAAACGUUAAAGGACCUUGAGCAGAUCUCAGUGUCAGCCGUACCUGCAAAAAAAAAAAACAAAGGUGUGGGUUGAAGAGAAGUGAAAAUCAGAUGGAGCGACGGAAAAUCCAAAACAAGACUUUUAAAAAGACAAAGCAACCAGCUUUUAUACACUGUAAGAACAAGACAGAAACUUUUUUUUAUAUAUAUGAUGGUGCUCAAUAAAGUAUUUUUACCUGCAACAAACACAGCUAA